UCAAUUUGAGCCUCUUUAUACAAUUUGAGAGAUGCUUCAAGUCCCUCAUGCUCAGAAAGAAGCUUACGUUGUACAAUAUUCGGCUUCAAUUGACCAUGUUGGCAUGAUGAUCUCUAUUUUCCUGCCUUUUGAAGUGAUACAAGGAAUACUUUUAAUUGCAUUUAUUUGAGGUCCCGCUUACUAAUUCCUACUUCCCAGUUCCCACCCACAAAAGUUAUUUGUUGACGUGAGACCUCAUAGUUUUCAACUCAUUUUAUCUGUUAUAUUUGUUGCUACUAGAUUAUACUCUUGGUGAAUCUAGAGAACGGUGCACCUUAAUUACGUUUGUUACAUUUUCAUCCUAACCCGAAAAGCAGCCAAAAUACAAAGAAUAAGAAGCAAAAAGGCUAAAGGGACCUAAAAAAAAAAAAAAAGAUGAUACCUCCAUCUCAUUUUAUAUGACAAGUUUCGAAAGCGGUGAUCCAUAAAAUGGGAGAGAGUCGUAGACGGAUUUUCUAUAAUAGAUAAGGCAAAGAAAAAGAAAAGAGUGGCAGCAUAUAAAACUGUACCGCAACACACCUGAUCGGCUCCAUGUGAAAUAUAGCCGUUAUGCCAAUCAAGUAUGCAAUUUCAAUUCAAAAAGGAAUAUGACCGUUGAACCCUAGAUCCAUCCUCAUUCUUUCUCGGAACUUCAUUCGACCUCAUCAUCACUAAAAAACAGACAGGCUGAAGAAUAGGGAUGGUGAACGAAGAUUCAAUCAAGAGUCCCCAUAACCCUCUGAAACAACCAGAAGCAGAAUCAGCCAACAAUGGAUCCAACAAAGUCGAAGAUUUGUUCAGCCCCAAGUUCCGAUCUGUUGCUGCUAUGGCUGGUUGGGACGAAGAGGCUCUUCUCAUUGCUAGUCUUGUCGUCGAAGACACUCCAGAUCGCCUUCCCAAACAAAAGAAACGUUCGGAUUUGCUCCAUUUCAACACUCCCCCAGCUAAUUCUAGAAGGAAAAGAAGGGUUCAGAAGAGCAGCCCUGCACCCAUAACUGCCACCGUUCUUGAUCUCGACGAAGAUGACACUGCAAAACAAGAAAGCCAGAAGGAGGAGGAUGAAUCAACAUCCGUUGAGAAACUAGACAAGAAAGGAUCUGACGAAUCGGAAGAACAGGGGUGCUCUGUUGCAUCUUCUAGUAAGAAGAUAGAAUCAAAAUCCAUUGAGAAAGCUGACAAGAAAGGAUCUGACGAAUCGGAGGAACAGGGGUGUUCUGUUUCAUCAUCUUCUUCAGCAUUUCCCUCCAUCGAUCGACUUCGUGAAGAGCUUUCUUGCGCUAUAUGCUUGGAGAUCUGUUUCGAACCGAGUACCACUCCUUGUGGUCACAGUUUCUGUAAAAAGUGCUUGCGAUCUGCUGCUGAUAAAUGUGGAAAGAAAUGUCCCAAGUGCAGGCAGCUUAUCAGCAAUGGAAGAUCUUGCACCAUAAACACAGUACUUUGGAAUACGAUUCAACUGCUGUUUCCCAAAGAAGUAGAAACAAGAAAAACAGCUGCAGCUUUGAAUAGUAGAGAAGCUAAACGUCAAAGUCCGGUACGAACUGCUGCUGAUGCUGCUACUCAUUCUAACAUCCCUAGCAGCAGAACGACAAGAGUCCUUCUACUUAACAGUCCAGAAUCUAGUCCUAGUAGUCAAGAAAGAAGGAAUAUCCGUGCCAUGAGAAGACAAAGUGCCCUAGCUUCUGGAAUGCCAAGCAGAAAUCGAGACAUUAGCUCGAGGAGAGAGUUACCAAGCCAGGACGGGGAUGCUGCAUUGGCUCUAAGAUUGCAGAGAGAGGAGUUCAUGGAGUCCUUCAGGACAAGAAGUUCUGCUGAUGAGCAGUACAUGAGCUCUCUUGCUCUAGCCAGAGCAAAUUUGAGGGCAAUGGCAUCAAGAGCCAUUAACGUUCGCGUUAGAGGAAGCCGUGGAUCCUAAAAGUUCGUAUUUUGUUUUCCGUUGCACUUGGAUUUCUGUUUUGUCCUUACAUUAAGAAACCCAUAUAGGUUCUCUUGUUGAACAAUUAAAAAAGGUCCUUGAACUCCUCAUGAAGUGCCCAUUAUCCAUAUCUAGCUGUAAUGUUUUUAUAUCAAUUUUUUUGAUAGUUGAGACUUGAAACUCAGUCUUAAUAUAUAUAUAGUUGAAUCAUGGAAUUAAACUCCUGAUAGAAUCCUCUACUGGUGCUUUCUGCAAGGGAAAAAAUACCAGAAGUAUCUUAUGUUAAAUCCUGUGAGUUGUCACGGAUAUGAUGAAGACUUUGCUUCUAUAUUACUAGUGGAUGGCCUUGUAUCAUGGGUCGUCUUCUUUAAAUAGUGAAAAGCUCAGUUGCAAUUUUGAAUAUCCGUGACUGCAAUUGGAAUA